GUCCACAUAUUACAAUUAUUGUACAUGUUUUGAUAUCAUCACAAUCAUACGAUCCGGAGAUAUCUUAAGAUGAUAUAAAUAACACUUUCUCGUGGUGUACUGAAGUCAUCGCGAAAUCAUCGCCAAGUAACACAAGGUCUCUCAAUUGUGUGCCUCACUGAGAGAGUUCAGAAAGGUCAAACGAUAUUUGUUUUAGACAAUCGCUGUGGAAUUGAAUACUGAGAUGGCUCGAUAUGUGCUUAGGUUCAAAUCAUACCACACAAAUGGGUGUUUUCGUCCGUCACUCGACGUUCGAUGAAGUUCCAGUAAACCAAUACCCAGCUGGGAAUUCCUCUUUGCUUGAUAGUUUCGCUUAAGUUCGAAUCUCCAAUUCACAGCAGGAUAUUCGUUCAAACACAAAGGCCAUACUACAGAGAAGGAAACAGAAAUGCCUCGUUGCAAAAAUCCUCUGGUUGUUAUUGCGUUUGAUUUCGGGACCACAUACAGCGGCUACGCAUUUUCAUAUAUGACCGACCCAUAUGAUGUCCAGAUGAAUCAGAAUUGGAUUCCCAUGGGUUCAUACUCGCAAUUAGUAACAUAUAAAACACCAACUAGCGUUCUUCUGGAUAGGGAUGGUCAAUGUCACGAAUUCGGAUAUAAAGCGGAAGAUAAGUUUGCCCAACUGGCUGAAGAUGACGAGCACACAGGCUGGAGGCUGUUUAGACGCUUUAAAAUGAUAUUGCAUAACGACAAGAAUGUUUCGCAUAAAUCAACUGUUGAAGACCUGCAAGGAAAACCACACCCUGCUAUGGAAAUAUUUUCAAUGGCGAUAACAUAUCUGCAUAAACAUGCUAAGGAUGCAGUCAAACUCCAGCGCCCUACAUUUCCUGAGACUGAUUUCCAGUACGUCAUUACCGUACCAGCAAUAUGGGACAGCCGUGCCAAAUGCUUCAUGAGAGAGGCAGCACAAUUGGCCGGACUUGAUGGAAAAAGACUGGAAUUGACUCAUGAACCGGAGGCAGCAGCAAUCUGGUGUAGCCACGACGCUAUGGAAAGUUGUCCAGGAACUAAUUUUCUAUCGUCGGGCAGGAAAUAUAUGGCCAUAGACCUUGGAGGUGGAACUGCUGAUAUAUCCGUCUACGAAGCAACGUCGGAUGGAAGUAUAAAGGUGAUACACAAACCAAGUGGGGGGCCAUGGGGAGGUAUUUAUGUAGAUGAGCACUUUCUAGAAUAUUUAGAAAAUAUAUUUGGAAAGGAAACCAUGGACAAUAUGCGUGAAAAUCACAUUGAGGAUUAUUUUGAUCUUAUUCGAGAGUUUGAGCAUAAAAAGCGUUCAACUGAAUACCGUUCAACAAAAAAAUUCGUGUUUAAAAUGCCUUCGAUGUCAUAUAGGAUGGUCAAGCUUGACAAACUUUUUGAUAAUUUUGCAAUCAAUUGCUCGAACGGAAAAAUGCGCAUCGAAUCAGCUGACGCGGAGGCGUGGUUUGAGAAACCAGUUUCGAAUAUUAUUGGGCACAUACAAAGCCUUUUACAACAGGACAAAAUGAACGAUAUUAACACACUACUCCUCGUUGGAGGAUUUGGAGAGUCCAAAUAUGUUCAAGCUAGAUUCCAGGAAGAACUGGCUGGUAAGUGUUUGAUUGUUCCGAAGGAACCAGGCUUGGCUGUUCUUAAAGGAGCCGUUCUGAUUGGGCAUAACCCUGGAAAGGUCACUUCUCGCGUUAUGGUGUAUUCGUAUGGCUUAAGGGCAUACAAAAACUUUGUUGAAAAUAAAGACCCGAUAGAAAAAAAAGUUUUGGUAAAUGAUGUCUGGAAAGUGGACGAUGUAUUCAACGUAUAUAUCAAAGCCAAUGAAGAGGUUACAGUUGAUAAAGAGAUAUCUCAUUAUCAUACUCCAGCGACAAACAUUUCUACGAUUGAUGUAUACAGGACCUUGUCAGAGAAGCCCGAGUACACGACUGAUCCAGGAUGUGAACAUCUUUGUUCAUUGGAAUUAAAGAACACUGACAAUUUAGCGUUUAAAGAUCAAAAAAUUAAGGUGACUUUUAUGUUUGGUAAUACAGAACUACUUGUGAAAGUGUAUCACACCGUCACUGGGAAGGAAGAAAUGCAGAUUUUAGACUGUCUUCAGUGAAUGCAUUCCAAUAGUAACUACAUUUACACGAUUUGAGGAACUUCUUCAAUUAUUAAAUAUUAGGAAGUAUUUAUAACACAAAUACUUAUGAUAUUCGAAAUUCUCAAGAUAGAUUUAUUAUGACUAAACGCAAGUGUUUGUUUCCUGUGUUGUGUGGGUUUGUAUACAGGUCAACCUCACACUGAGAUGAGCAUUUAUGUUUUAUUUGUGCAUGGGCGAAUAUCAUACAGUACUAUCGUCAUUGUAUUCACUUCGAUUGCUAUAAUAUUUCCAGAUACUUUGUAUUGCAUAGAAUACUAUAAUCAUACAAAUAAUUUGUUCUGGUAAAAUAUUGUCUCCGCUUUAUGUCAAUGAAGCUAUGUUAAUAUGUACCUGCAAUAUAUAUUUAUGUAUAUUCAUGUUUCAUAUUGACUAAUGUACCCUACAUGCAUUAUUAAACAGACUUCAAUGUAUUCAUUUUAAUCGCCGUAUUCUUCUUAGUUGUACCUGUGAUUUGUUUUUUUAUAAGCAUGUACAAAACGCAACUAGCCUUUUGUGAUCAAUAAUUUGAAAACAAACAUUAUAUGUUAAUUUCUCACCAUCUUAUAUGCUAUGGAAAUUAAAAUGGUAUGUUAUCAAAUGUUCAUAUUAACGUCAGGAAAUUAUAAUUGCUUGGAUGUAGAUGUCGACCUUGCGUUUAACUAAGCUACAAUUGUUCGGAGAUUUAUUUGUUUUACAAAAAAUGGUGUUUAUUUGCUAGCACAAAAUAUUAAAUCAAACUAAAAAAGCUUACGAGCAGUACACAGUAUAAAGUAAGGCAUAUUGCACCGUGUGUUAACUUGCGACCCAGUGAAACAUAAGUUUAAUUUGCAUAUCAUUUUGGAUUUGAUUUAAUAAAUAACGUGUGUGUGUUUGGCAUAUGUUUAGCUCAACGCAAACAAUUAUUAUGUAAUGCAUUGAUUAUUUAAGAGGCUAACAAUACUUAAUCACAUCAAGGACACCUUAAUAAUUCUGGCAUUGUUAUAAUUGAAUGUUUAAGUUGAUAUAAAAUGGUAAUUGCAUGUAAAUGUUAGGAAAACAUCUAUAGAUUUCAACUUACAUGUAUGUUUUGUAAUUAUUACUGAUUGUUUUGAUGCACGAUUGUUUGCUGAACAAGACACCAAGUUGUCCAAGUAAUAAACGAAUUGGAGUUCAA